UGAAGAUGAUGUGGGUGUUAAGACUCCGGAAAAGGACCGAAAUCACAGCAGGAUUGUGGAUGUCAGAAAGUGAAAAACAAUAGUCUGUGUGUCUGGUCACAUGGAAAAGGCCAUGGUCCAGACACAGACUUCAAGAGACAUCUUGGCAGAUCAAAGCAGUCCACUUCUACAGGACUCUGACAUCUUACCAUUCACCACGUACCCCAGCAUGCAGUAUCCAUCCAUGGAACCAAACAUGUCCACCACUCCGUACUACUCCACUCAGAACUAUUACCCUCCAUACGGUGGAGACGAAUGGUACUCCCACAUGGGCUUGUAUGAACUGAGGAAAGGGCCCCUGGAGGGCAGUUAUGGGGCCGAUAUGGACGAGGGGUCCUCUGUUGUGCCUGCUGUGUGCAAAAGGAACCGGCACCUGAGCCAAGCCGGAAGAAUCAAAGGGGAGGAACUGUGUGUAGUCUGUGGAGACAAGGCAUCUGGAUACCACUACAAUGCUCUCACCUGUGAAGGAUGUAAAGGUUUCUUCAGACGAAGCAUAACAAAGAACGCCGUGUACAAAUGCAAGAGUGGUGGCAACUGUGAGAUGGACAUGUACAUGCGCAGGAAAUGCCAGGAGUGCAGGCUGAGAAAAUGCAAAGAGAUGGGCAUGCUGGCAGAGUGUUUGCUGACAGAGAUCCAGUGUAAAUCCAAAAGGCUCCGUAAGAACACCAAGACCUCCCCGGGACGGUCGACUGGAGAUGAGACAGAGGGGGCAGAAAACAUGGACAACAAGCAGGUCACCUCAACCACCAAACUGUCAAAGGAAAAGGUGGAAAUCACUAAAGAGCAAGAAGCACUCAUGAAGCUCAUUGUAGAAGCUUACAACAAACAUCAAAUCCCCCAGGAUGUUACCAAACAGCUGCUACAAGACCAGUACAGUACAGAGGAAAACUUUCUCCUCUUGACUGAAAUCGCAACAAGCCAAGUUCAGGUUUUGGUGGAGUUCACGAAGAAUAUUCCAGGUUUUCUGUCUCUGGAUCAUGAAGAUCAGAUCGCUCUGCUGAAGGGUUCAGCUGUGGAAGCCAUGUUUCUGCGUUCAGCUCAAGUUUUCAGCAGGAAGAUGCCAAAAGGACACACUGAAGUUUUAGAGGAGAGGAUACGCAAGAGUGGUAUAUCAGAAGAAUUCAUCACACCCUUGUUUAAUUUUUACAAAAGUGUUGGUGAACUCCACAUGGUUCUGGAGGAACAGGCUCUCCUCACCGCAAUAACUAUCCUCACACCAGACCGGCCGUAUGUGAAGGACCAGCAGGCAGUGGAGCGACUGCAGGAGCCCAUGGUGAAUCUGCUGAAGAAGCUGUGUGUCCUGCAGCAUCCACAGGAGCCCCAGUACUUUGCCCGCCUCCUCGGCCGACUGACAGAGCUGCGGACACUCAACCACUACCACGCAGAAAUGCUCACUUCCUGGAGAGUAAAUGACCACAAAUUCACCCCACUGCUCUGUGAAAUCUGGGAUGUGCAGUGACGCACUGUGCAGUGAAGGAGUCUGGGAAGAAGAAACGGACAUUCCAGCUCUAAGGCUUCAUCGAGCCACUUCAUACUGGGGGAUUUAGUUCCUAAACAGCCAUAUUGCUUUGCUUGUGCAUGACUUUAUGCAAAACAUAUGGUAAUAUUUGUAUGUUAUAAACGAUUUUUUUCAUGUUCAACUUGUAUUAUUAUCAUUUGGCUUAAAAGCUGAAAUUUAAA